CUCACAGAGAGUCUCGCAGAACUGUCACACCCGCGCACCGCCGCAUCAGCUGGGAAACCAAGCUCUGCCUGCAGAUAGCGCAGAUGGCGGGGAGCAGCUUCUUCCAGGAAGCGCGCCUCCCGGAGCAGCGGGCCGUCGAGGGCGUCGCCUUCCCUGCGGUGCUCGUCCCGAGCGGCGGACCACCGGCACAAGGAAGCCUCGACGAGUUCCUGGCGGCGGUGCGGUCGGAGCGGGCGUCCCGGGUGGAGCCGCUGCUGCUGGAGGCCGGGGCGGUGCUGCUGCGUGGGUUUCCCGCGCUGACGGCGGCGGACUUCGACCGCGCCGUGGACGCGUUCGGGUACGAGGAGCUGCCGUACGUCGGCGGCGCGGCGCCCCGCAGCAACGUUGUGGGGCGGGUGUUCACCGCCAACGAGUCGCCGCCCGACCAGAAGAUCCCCUUCCACCACGAGAUGGCGCAGGUUCCAACAUUCCCAGCGAAAUUGUUCUUCUUCUGUGAAGUGGAACCCAAGAGUGGUGGAGAGACACCGAUAGUGCUGAGCCAUUAUGUUUAUAAGAGGAUGAAUGAAAAAUUUCCGGAAUUUGUGGAGAAAUUGGAAAAGCAUGGCCUUAUAUACACACGGGUCUUAGGAGAGGGUGACGACCCAUCUUCUCCAAUCGGCCGUGGAUGGCACUCUACAUUUCUCACUAAAGAUAAAGCCGUUGCUGAGGAAAGGGCUGCAAAGCUUGGAAUGACGCUGGAAUGGACCGAGGACGGAGUUAAAACAGUAAUGGGUCCGAUACCCGCAGUCAAGUGGGACGAGGUCCGAAUGAGGAAAAUAUGGUUCAACAGCAUGGUUGCUGCCUACACUGGGUGGAAGGAUGCUCGGAACGAUCCUGUUAAGGCCGUCACGUUUGGUGAUGGCUCACCCUUGCCUGCUGAUGUCAUAGAAGAAUGUGGGAAGAUCUUAGAGGAGGAAUGUGUCGCUGUUCCGUGGCAGCAAGGUGACAUUCUUCUCAUUGACAACUGGGCGGUCCUGCACUCUCGGAGGUCUUUCGAGCCUCCACGGCGCGUACUUGCUUCUCUUUGUAAAUAGCAUGUAAAUGCAUUAUGAGGCGUGAGGCUUUGCUGAAGAAUUUCUGAUCUGGAGUAUGUAUGUAUGACGUCUGUUUUGCAGUCACGAACCGGAUGAGCCCUAGAAAUGCCAAAAAGCAGAACUUCGGUAGCAAGUACACAAAUGUUCUGGCUGUAGUUUUCGUCUUCGCUUGUCAAUUUCUAUGCCAGUGUAGAUUUGAUAACUGCUAUGUUUCCAUGGCGAUCUAGAUGGAAUUAUUUCCUUCUACAGAUUUUGUUCACCAAUCACCACUAUGAACUGUUGUAUAUUCCUCUUUAAGGGAAUGGAUUGUUUUAUAUUUUUCAGGGGAACA